AUGAAUGGACGUGGCCUUUUGUUAGUCAGCCUGGCUAUUAAUAACAAUAAAGAGAAUAUCAGCCAAAAUGGAUCACCAGAGAUAGCCUCGACGUCUAAGAAUCAGGAAGCUGACAAUCCUCUCAUUGAUAUGCCAAGCACUUCGAAACAAACCGAUUCUUAUGUAUCAUCGCCAGCCAUAAGUGAUUAUAGCGAGUUUGAUGACUCUGAUGGGGAUCCGACUUUUGUGAAUCCUAAAGAAAAAUCUCAUAAGGACAUAUUUUCGUUUUUAUCCGUAUCAAGUAGCAGCUCGACAAGUUCAAGAAACAGUAGCAGCUCUUCAAGCAGUAGCAAUAGCACUAUUGCAAGUCUUGAAGAUCAUGGAGAAAAGCCUACCGAAGAAUAG